AGUAGGUUACAUACCUGAUAGAUAGGUGAUGCUGUAAUUGAGUAACCAACCCAUCCACGUCAAGAAAUUCUCAUUACCUGCGCGAGGUUCUUUUUCCAGUGCAGUACGCAAUCCCCCGCCCUAAUCUCCCAUAAAAGAUAGCGAGCGAAAUCCAGAGAUAGAUAAACAACAAUGGCAACUUCAGCACCCAAGAGAUGGCUUCCUCUCGAAGCUAACCCCGAUGUCAUGAAUCAGUUCAUUUGGGGUCUUGGUGUUCCAGAGGAUCAGGCCGAGUGCUGUGAUGUUUAUGGCUUGGAUGUGGAGCUUCUCGAUAUGGUCCCUAAGCCAGUUUUGGCAGUUCUCUUUCUGUAUCCUAUCACUUCUCAGAGUGAAGAAGAGAGAAUACAGGAAGACAGCAAGAUAAAGGAUAUUAGUAAUGGAGUUUUCUUCAUGAAACAAACAGUGGGAAAUGCAUGUGGGACAAUUGCCCUUCUCCAUGCUGUUGGUAAUAUCACUUCAAAGAUAAAGCUUGUUGAAGGGUCGUUCUUCGAUAGGUUCUUUAAAUCCACUGCAAACAUGGAUCCAUUGGAGCGGGCCCAAUUUCUUGAGAGCGAUGUGGAAAUGGAAGAUGCACAUUCUGUAGCUGCUACUGCUGGAGAUACUGAGGCAUCAGAUAAUGUGGACACACACUUCAUCUGCUUUGCAAUUGCUGAUGAACAACUAUAUGAACUUGAUGGAAGAAGAUCCGGACCGAUUUCACAUGGAAAAUCAUCUCCAGACACAUUACUGCAGGAUUCAGCUAAAGUCAUUCAAAAGAUGAUAGAGAAAAAUCCCGAAUCCAACAACUUCAACGUGAUCGCUCUAUCAAAGAAAGGUGAAGCUGAUGCCCUCUGAAAUCAGAGUUGCUUACUUUAUACCAUGCCUCUUUGAGGGUCAAACUUUUGGCUUUGCUUACUUUAUACCAUGCCUCUUUUGAGGGUCAAACUUUUGGCUUUAGAAUGGAUUAUAUUUUCUCAUGACUGGUAGUCUGGUACAAUUUUUGCCUAUUACUGUGCACAAACUUUUGCAAUAUCUAGCUUCCUUCUUACUCCAUAUGGUAUUGAUUAGAAGAUAACAGUGUCUAAGGGUGUUCUGAACCACAAUUGAAGUAUUUUGAUAUGGUCAACAACCGUAUCACCGCAUUUCAUCAAAAAACACUUGACUAAAUUUAUUUAUUUAUUUUCGG